AUGGGUCCCAAAAAGAACCAAGGCCUGAGCGAGUACGAACGAGCCCGACAGGAGAAGAUCGCCAAGAACCAAGCACUACUGCAACAACUACAACUCGAUGCGCAACACACGGGUCUGGGACCGAAAUCGAAGCCGAAAGGUUCUUCUACUGCAGGUCUAAAGCGCAAGAGACCGGUUGAGAAGAUCAAAAAAGAGGAGAACAAUGGCCCGCGACGCACGUCUGCACGUCUUCAGGGCAUCAUCGCCGACUCAGAGGUAGCGCAGCAGAAGUCAGAGGCGGACGCGGAAGCAUUCAAACAGGAACAACAAAUCAAGAGACAGCGUGUUAGCGAAGACAUUGAUCUGCACAACGCGAUAGUCAAUGGCAGCAACUGGAACAGAGCAGGGAACUGGUUGAGCACCGUUGGACCAGCAAAUCCGGGCGAAAGGACGUUCACUGGGCAAGAUGUCAAGGAUACGACGGAUAAAGAACUGAAAGAGCUUAGACAGCGGAUGAGCAGCCUGCAAUUGUGGGAAGGAGCGGAGCCCAAUCGUAUCAAGAUCACACCGGAGAGGAUAUACGCGCUCGGCUUUCAUCCUACGGAAGAGAAGGCGUUGGUGUUUGCAGGAGACAAGCUGGGAAGUCUAGGCCUAUUCGACGCGUCUCAGACUAGCCCGACGCAGAUCAAGCAAGAGGCGGAGGAUGCAGACGAAGAUGGAGACGUGGAUGAGGAGGUCGAGCCGGCAAUUACCACAUUCAAGAUUCACACCAGAACGAUCAGCGCGUUUCAAUUCUCGCCGCAUGAUCAGAAUGCCCUUUAUUCUGCUUCAUACGAUUCCUCGAUACGCAAGCUGGACUUGCAGAAGGGCACGGCGGUGGAAGUGUACGCACCGACGGACAAGAGUGCCGAUGAGCCUCUGUCCGGCGUACAGAUCAGCCACGCGGACCCAAACAUGCUACAUUUCACCACACUGAACGGCGAAUUCGGCAUGAAAGAUAUGCGGACCCCUUCAGACCAAGGGCGAGAGAUGAUGCAAUUGUCGGAGAAGAAAAUUGGAGGCUUCUCUCUCCACCCAGCACACCCCCACAUCCUGGCAACAGCUUCUCUGGACCGCAUGCUCAAGAUAUGGGACCUUCGUAAGAUUAAUGGAAAGAAAGAUUGGCGUCUUCCUGGGCUUGUUGGCGAGCACUUGUCCAAAUUGUCCGUCUCGCACGCGGCGUUCAACUCGGCCGGUCAGGUCGCUACAGCUUCUUACGACGACACAGUGAAGAUCUACGAUUUCCUGGACGCGGGGGAUUGGAAGGUUGGCAAGGCGCUGGAUGACGAGGAAAUGAAGCCUGCGACCAUCGUGCCUCACAAUAACCAGACGGGUCGAUGGGUCACUAUUUUGCGAGCACAGUGGCAACUGCAGCCUCGGGAUGGAAUUCAGCGUUUCGUUAUCGGCAACAUGAAUCGAUUCGUGGACAUUUACACUGGCAAGGGCCAGCAAUUGGCACAGCUGGGAGGGGAGGCGAUCACAGCGGUGCCGGCUGUCGCUCAGUUCCAUCCUACCAUGGAUUGGGUGGGUGCCGGGACGGCGAGUGGGAAGUUAUGUCUGUGGCAAUGA